AUGGCGGCGUACGAGAAGCGGCGGCCGGGCACGGCCCCGAGCGGCGGGCAGGCGGUGGGCAGCGAGGCGGAGUUCCUGCUGCGGGCCGGCGUCACCGCCAUGGUGCGGGAGGCGCUGCUGAAGGUGCUGGAGGCGCGGCCGGAGGAGCCCGUCUCCUUCCUGGCCGACUACUUCGAGCGCCUGGUGCUGGCCAGCCCCGAGCCCGCGGGGCCGCCGCAGCGCCUGGCGCAGGCGCUGUGGUACGUCAGCCUGGCUCACCACUCCCAUAGGACGGCCUUCGACAGCAACACCGGCGCGGCCUACGAGGUGCUGGGAGGCGGUGAGCGGCGGCGGGCGGCAGGCGUGGACGGGCGGCUUUACAGCGAGCUGCUGCGGAGCAUCUGCCAGCACGGGGAGGCACCGGCCGAGGUGGCCACGGCGCUGCUGCGGCGAGUGCGGUGCCGCGACCAUGAGGCCGUCCCCUUCGAUGUGUUCCGCUAUGGGGUCCUCACCUGCUUCGUGCUCCUGGAGUUCGCGGCCAAGGCGGAUGCGCUCUUCGCUGUCCUGGAUGGUGGCUCCGGGGCUGCCGAUGCCCGGCUGUGCCAGGCGGUGCUGCGGGCGCUGGAGGAGGCGCUGGGCUCCGGGCACUUUGUGCAGCCCAGACGGUACCUAGAGGCUGGUUCCCGGUUGGGACCGGAUGGGUUGGCCCUGGCCAUGGAGCGGGCGCUGCAGGAGAGGAAGCUCAGUGGCUCCAUGAGCAGGGAGGAGUUCCUGAAGAAAGCCACCGCCUUGUUUGUUGCUAAAGUGAAGCCUGUUGAGUAACAGCCGCUGAGUGCUCCGGACCCCGGUGCUGGGCUGGACAGCGAGCAUGGAUGGGAGAUUCCCACUUUCCAUGCUCCCAUCCUUGUUCUGAGUGCAAUGGGCACCUGGCCACCUCCAGUGCCGGAUGCAUCCCGAUCCGCUGUGCCUCUCCUGGCCGAUGGCAUUUCCAAUCCAGCUUCAUUUGUAGAUCUCUCUAGGUGUUAAGUGGGGGCUCACG